AUGGAAGAAUAUGUGUGUCCAUCGUGCACUGAAGCGCAGACGACGCAAGGCUAUGAAUCUGCCAGUAGUUCCGCCAGCAGUACACACGCUACCCUUUGUCGAGCUGACUAUCCACUUGUGUGGCGUCUUCUCGAAUGUGUCGCUGAUCAUCGAAUGUCAUGGCCGUUUCGGCAACCAGUUAGCCUUGAAGAGUUUCCCAAUUAUUUGGACGUGGUGGAGCAUCCGAUUGACCUUUCAAUCAUCCAACAACGCCUGGAAAACCUCGAAUAUCAGCGUUUGAAAGAUUUCACACGGGACAUGUCGCGGUUAUUUGAGAACGCUAGGAUUUUCUAUCCACGCGACAGCAAUGUCUACCAGUGCGCAGAUACAUUGGAGAAGAUAUUUGAACACGCGCUGGCUGAAGUAAGGGCAGAAAUCGAAGCACGUGUGAAUGGAAGAAAGGUA